AAAUACUAACAACAACCAGUCAGCGCCUGCGACACGACACGCAGGGGUGGGCGCAAUAAACACAGGGCGCAUCGCCUGCCUCUUUUUGCCCUCCGUCUGCCUGGAACCGGUUCCGUUUGCCAGCUGCCCCCUUUAGUGACGACACAGGCGGCGAGCAGCGGCGGUGGGAGAAGCCACACAAGCGGCGUUCCGACCAACAUGGCCCCAGCUGCCCGGCCCGGUACCGCCGGACUUUCCACGGAGGAGGAAGAGUCCAGCUGCGGGAUUCAGAGAGCGGACAGAAAGAUAAGAAAACCUCUGGUGGAGAAAAAGAGGCGAGCUCGCAUCAAUGAGAGUCUGCAGGAGCUGCGGAGCCUGCUGGCGGAUUCAGAGCUCCACUCCAAGAUGGAGAACGCAGAGGUUCUGGAGAUGACGGUGAAGAAGGUGGAGGACGUCCUGAAGAACCGGUCUCAAGAGGCUGAAGCACUGAGCCGAGAGGCCAGCGAGAGGUUUGCAGCCGGCUACAUCCAGUGCAUGCAUGAGGUCCACAUGUUUGUGUCCAACUGCCCGGGCAUAGAUGCAACGGUGGCGGCCGAGCUCCUCAACCACCUGCUUGAGUCCAUGCCCCUAAAUGAGGACCACCUCCAGGACGUGCUGAUGGACCUGAUCACGGACACUCCAGGCACCGAUGGCAGCACUUGGAUCGGAGCUGUGGAUGGACUCUGCUUGACCCCGGCCCUCCCCAACUCUUCAACGGACGAAUCGUCCUCGGAUCUGGACGAGACGGACAGCGAGCACAACCACAGCUCCACGGAGGGAGUGGAGGGCGGGGAGGCUCCAAGCAUGCCCACCGUCACGUACCCUCAGAGUAUGUGGAGACCUUGGUAGGAGAGGUCUGCAGCUGCAGCCUGGAUUCCCUGGAAGCGGGAUUUGUGGGGUUUUAUUAAUGUGGAAUACCCACCCCCACCCUUAGAAAGAGAAAACUCCACCCUACAACACCACUGAAGCCCUUGUGGACUUAUUUAACCCAAUCAAAGAACUGCCAACUGACACGCACUGAAAGUCUUAAGGACUCACCUUUGCCAUGUGCUGAUUUCCAUCUUUAUUAAAGGGACCAAACCCAGCUGUGGAGGACCUGGAUCUUCUAUUCGCUCUUACUGUGGUGCAGCAACUCUACAUCUUUUCUUCUAUAUUCUUGCUAGAAAACCAAUUCACUAAACAAGUUAACAUUUCCAGCAGAUGGAGCAACAAUGAACACACCCAGAGAUCUUUUGGAUACCACAAAAACUUUAUACGUGCACUGAUGGGUGGAGUUUUUCCUUUUUCUUAUCAGCGGGGCCCCGACUCCUCAGGGCCCCUGCAACUUGGGACCUCCUGAAAGGACUCCCCCCUUUCCCUCUGCAGUGCUGACACCCUGGCUUUGAGUACUCUCUUAAGACUUUUCUUCACACCUUGAGGAUAAAAGAAAGUCCCCUCUCAACACUUAGAACCCGACAAAGGACAGAAAAGGACCCGUGGAAGGCGGUCACACUUACUCUGUGUUGCCGUCUAAAUGCAGUUUGGAUGAGGAGAAAAGCUCUUUUUAGCACCUGAGAGGUUUGGCAAUGCCUCUGGUUAAUAUAAAUAUGCUAUUUCAUGUAUUGCUGUAGUUUAUUAGAAAACAUAGCUUCUUUACGUUGUAACGAUGUGUUAUUAAAUGUCUGAAUUUGUUGAAUAAAAUACUGUAGCUGAA